AUGUGGAUGCCAUUACCACCUUCGUUUUCCAUCUGUCCUCCUGGGCUGGAAUAUUUAUCCCACCUUGAUUGGUUAUUAAUCCGCCAGAAAUAUGAAAUUCUGGAGAAGAUCACAUCUUUUGAAACAGCCAACAAGUACGAAGUGAGAAACAGGCUGGGGGAAGUGGUGUAUUUCGCCACAGAAGAGAACAACUGCUGCACGAGGAAUUGCCUCGGGACCUUGCGGCCUUUUACCCUGGUGAUCUCCAACCACAUGGGCCAGCAGGUCAUCCAUCUCGUGCGACCUUUUCGUUGUGACGGCUGCUGUUGCCCGUGCUGCUUGCAAGAAUUGGAAAUCCAGGCCCCGCCGGGCUUACCCGUUGGUUACAUCCAGCAGCUGUGGCACCCUUGUCUGCCCAAAUUUGUAAUCCAAAAUGAAGCCCACCGAGAUGUCCUGAAAAUCAUUGGACCUUGCAUAACGUCCUCCUGCUUUGGCGAUGUAGUGUUUGAGGUGAUGGCACUAGACGAACAGACCAGUGUUGGAAGGAUUGCUAAGAAGUGGGGAGGGGUUCUGCAGGAGUUCUUCACCGAUGUGGAUUUCCUUGGAAUUUCCUUCCCUCUGGAUCUUGAUGUUAAAAUGAAAGCAGUGAUGCUUGGGGCUGGUUUCCUCCUUGAUUUCAUGUUCUUUGAAGCAGGAGGAGGGGCAGGAUACAGUCGCUUCACCAAUGCAGAAGAACAAGCCAAUCCAGUGACUACAAAGAUCUACCAGCUCCUGCAUCACGUGACAGGCGGGAACGGCAUGGCGGCGCCAAGGUCGGCCUCGCUGGGUCGUCGCAUCCCGGUGACGUCAGGUCUGGGCGCUGGGGGCGAGAGGCGGGGCCGUGGGGGGUCGUCGGCGAUGGGGCUCGCUAAGGAGGAAGAAGCGGGCGGACGGCGGCGGCUUCGCGGCUGCUGA